AUGUCCACCCCCCACGUUCCGCCAAGCGGGGUGUGGGUCCCAGCAAUCACCUUUUUCGACCACAGCACUGACACCCUGGAUAUGGAAUCCCAGGCGAAAUUCUACACCUACCUGUCAAAAUGUGGUCUGGCCGGGCUUGUUGUACUCGGCACUAAUUCUGAGACCUUUCUGCUGACGCGUGAGGAGCGGAAGACACUCCUGGAAACCGCUCGGAAAGCAUGCGGGCCAUCAUACCCCAUCAUGGCCGGCGUAGGCGGCCACUCAACGAAACAAGUCUUGGAAUUCAUAGCGGACGCGGCUGAUGCCGGCGCGGACUAUGCCUUGGUUCUGCCCCCAGCGUAUUUUGGUAAACAGACGACACCGGCCGUGAUCGAUGGCUUCUUUAAUGAUGUCGCCAAGGAGAGCCCGCUCCCCGUCGUUCUCUACAAUUUCCCAGCUGUUUGCAAUGGCAUUGAUCUAGACUCGGCGACCAUCGCCUCUCUGGCUAAGGCCCACAGCAACAUCGUUGGCGUGAAGCUGACCUGCGGCGCCGUGGCCAAGAUCACGCGUCUUGUGGCCGAGCUCCCGUCGGAGCAGUUCGCGACGUUUGGAGGACAGGCGGAUUUUCUGAUCGGCGGCUUGGCUUCUGGCUCCAUGGGAACCAUCGCUGGGUUUGCGAAUGUGUUUCCCAAAACCAUCGUGCGGAUCUACAACCUGUACAAGGAGGAGAAGUUCCAAGAGGCAAUGGACUUACAUAAGAAGGCUGCCCUUGCGGAGCAGUCUUGCAAGGCUGGUAUUGCGUCCGUGAAGUAUGCGGCGGCCCUUAACACCGCUAAGGCUGCGGGAAUUGAAGGGGCUCUGGAGAAGUUGAAGCCGAGACGGCCAUACGUAGAGCCCUCUGACGCGGCAAAGAAGGUCAUUGAGUCACAAACUGCAGGCUUGGUGAGUAUUGAGGCAAGUCUCUAG